AUGAAGGUUGCAACGGCCUGUACGCAGUGUCGUGCUAGCAAACGCAAGUGCUGGCUGCCAAAGCACACCAGAGGCUUGGUGCCCUGCGCGCAAUGGCCCCAGCCAAGCCCAAACAAGCCGCAGCAACCGACAGAGACGCCCUCUACUCCUCCGCUCAUCCCGCCUCUGCGCUCACCGGCCCUCUCGGAUCAUCUAACGAGACGGCUGGUGGAGAACUACAUCUGGUGUAUCCAUGACCGCCCGCACAGCAUCUUCCACCUGCCGACGCUCCGCUCUGCUGUCAGAGCGAAGAGACUGCCGCCCGCCAUCCUUCAGGCUCUGCUCAGCUUCGGCUCGCUCUUCCAUCCCGACCCUGACGUGUCAUCGCUGGCCCCGGGCUUCUUCGAAGACGCUAAGAGGCAUCUGCACCUCGAUCUCGAAAACGUCUGCGUAGAAAACGUCCAGGCAUGCAUCUUGAUCGCCAAUCUUUCGGCCGCCCUGCUCCGGGCGUCGUCAGAAGCAUUGUACUUCGGUAUUGCCAUCCGAAUGGCCGAAAUUCUGCACCUCGACGUUCUUGAUAGCACAGAUACAGUCGCCGUCCAAGAGCUGAAGCGGCGCGUAUGGUGGACAUUGUUUAUGUGUGACCACUGGUGCUCGGCUGGCAACGGCAUCCCUCGAAAGAUGGAUAGCUUCAAUAGGACCGUCGAGUUGCCCAUGGACGAGUAUAUCUUUCACAGACUCGACGCGGGCGAAACGACAGUAUACACGCGCUACGAGCCCGGGCUUUGGGCCCAUAUGAUUACCCUAGUCGAGAAUUUUGGGCCGAUCCAAGAUCUGAACUGGAAGGUGGCCCAUCACGAUAUUGAAGAUGCCGCUGCAGAAGAUGCCGUUCUCUCCCUCAUGGAAAUGUUGGCUGCCUGGGAAGACAAUCUUCCGGCGUACGUGAGAUACAACGAGACGAACCUUGAUAACUACCGCGCUAAGGGACUAGGCGGUGUUUUUAUGGCACUUCACAUGGGCUUCAAUCACUACGCCACCCUCCUUUACUACCAGUAUCUCGAUGUCAAUCGCGUGGCCACGACAAGAGAGAAGGAAUUCGCCGAGCGCUGCAAGCAAUACGCCACUGCACAGAGCAUCUUGUUAAGUACAGCCAGAGAACGGGGAGAUUGCCCCCUCAUGUACCCCGGAGUCGGCCACUCCGCUGUCAUAUCGUCAUCCGUCUUGUUGCAUACAGUCAUGUUUGGGAAGGAAGAUGAAACCAUUGCCGCCAAAGCCCAUCUGGUAUCGAACUUCCAGGCUUUAAAGGAGCUGAGACAGUACUGGCCUUCCUUAGAGCUGAUAGUCAGAAGGCUCACGGUUUUUCAAGCAGCCUGCUUACGAGACGCGGAUUGCCAUAUGUACAGAUUCGACAAGUGGAUGGUAAGGUUUCUGUUGGAAUACCACCAGCUAAUAGACGACAAGCUUCCAGAUAUGCUUCUUUGUCUUAUUCAGGAGUUCGGGGAGAGUUUUGGUGAAUGGAACGGGUUUCUGUGCAGCGAGUAG